AUGCCAAUUGAUCAAGAAAAAUUAGCCAAGUUGCAGAAGUUGUCAGCCAACAACAAGGUCGGUGGUACCAGAAGAAAGUUUGCCAAGAAGAGUGGUUCUUCCAGCAAAGAUGACUCCAAGUUGCAAGACCAAUUGCAGAAAUUGAGAGCUGUUACUGUUGAUAACGUUCAACAAGCUAACUUCUUCAAGGAUGACGGUACCGUCUUGCACUUCAACAAGGUUGGUGUCCAAGUUGCUCCACAACAUAACACCUCCGUGUUCUACGGUAUUCCACAAGAAAAGUCCUUGCAAGAGUUGUUCCCAGACAUCAUUCCUCAAAUGGGUGCUGAUGCUAUCAACGCUUUGACCCAAAUGGCUUCUCAAUUGCAAUCCGCUCAAGGUGCCAACCAACAAGCUGCUGCUCCAGAAGCUGAAGGUAAGGAUAUUGAUAUCCCUGAAUUGGUUGAAGGUCAAACUUUCGAAGCUGACGUCGAAUAA